AUGGCCGAGCACCCUGGUUCCUCCAACUCAGCGAAUCGCUCUCUCCAGUCCAUCAGCUUCGUAGCCCGCGCUCCAAAACCCGAUUCCGUUGUCGUCCAUCCAAAAGAAUCCGUCAAAGGCGCCACCCAGUCUUCAAACCUAGCAAGCUCUACGGAUCCCGCCUCCGCAACCGCAACCCUCUCCCGCCUUUCCGCCGCCCUCGCCACCGCCUCUCCACCCACCCUCGGCCCCUCAACCCCCUACCCGCGGCCCCCAACCAUGCCCAACCCACCCGACGUCAAAUCCCAGGCCGACGUCUCCACAGACGGCCUCAACAGCUUACGCAAGACCCGCGACCUCCUCCACCUCCUCGCCCACCGCAACAAGAACCAGCACCGCCGCAGCGUCUGGUGGCGCCACCUAUCCCACUUCCGCAGCGAACUGCGCCUGCUAGUGUCAGACCUCUCAUCCCUCUCUACUAACCCCGGUGACGCGAAGACGCGCGAGGCGGUGGAGGCGAGAGUGGGGAGGUGGCGCGACGCGUUGGUGCCAAGGUGGUACUUUGCGUUCUCGCAGCUCACGGCGAGCACGCAGUUUGCGGCCAUAGGGGUCGCGCUGUUGGCCAUGCUGGCGAGUGUGGCGAGGUGCACCGGCAUCACGGCUGCGUAUGCUGUGAUGGAGGUGGAAGGCGAGAUGGCGGUGCUGCGGCGUGGCUUGGUUGCUGCUGCGCGGGAGGGUGGGGAGGGGGUGUUGGAAGGGGUGGCGGGGAAUCAUGGGGUGUUGGGGGCGGAGGAGGAGGAUGUGGGGUUGGUGGUUGGGAGGGAGGAGUAG